AUAGGCCUUCCAAACGUGUCGUCUCCCGUUCCGUAUAGUAUUUGGGAACGGCCCAGCAUAUUAAGCAUGCGUAACGGCAUCCUCGCCCUCGGUGCGCUGGCGGGCAUCACCAGUGCUCGCUUCAUCCCCAGGCAGAGUAAUGGCACCGAACAGAUCCCGGCAUAUCGCAAUGCCUCCCUCUGCAUAGAUGAGCGUGUGGACGACCUUCUGGCCCGCAUGACGCUGGCCGAAAAAGCAGGCCAGAUGUUCCACGCCAGGACAUAUAUCGGAAACGGCACUCUCGACAAUACCCUUGACGGCAACCUCGACGACCAGGUCCUCGAGGACAUCAGCGAGAGGUCCAUGACGCAUUUCGUACUCACGGGAGCUAUCGACGACACAAGAAACACAGCUGAGUGGUACAACAACCUGCAGAGGCAUGCCGCCGAAGCCGGCCUCGGCAUUCCCAUUACUAUCUCGGUGGACCCUCAACACGGCGUGACCACGCAAACGGCCGUGUCGUUCGUAGCCAAGGCCUUCUCGCGUUGGCCCGAUCCGAUGGGCGUCGCCGCCCUGCGCUCGCCCGAGCUCACCCGCAAGUACGCCGAGGUCGUCCGCGAGGAGUACAUGGCCGUUGGAAUCCGCCAAGCUCUUCAUCCCCAGAUCGAUCUGUGGACAGAGCCCCGAUGGGGCCGUGGCAGCGCCGGCUUCAGCGAGGAUGCCGCUCUUACCAGCCAGCUCGGCGUUGAAUGGAUCAAGGGGCUGCAGGGCGACAAGCUCGGCCCUCGUUCCGUGGUCGCUACUACAAAGCACUUCCCCGGCGGUGGUCCCAUGGAGAACGGGGAGGACUCGCAUUUUGAGUGGGGGAAGAACCAGACCUACCCGGGCGACAACUUCGACCAUCAUCUGAUCCCCUUCAAGGCGGCUAUCGCCGCCGGUACCGCCCAGAUCAUGCCCUACUAUUCCCGCCCCAUCGGCACGCAGUGGGAAGAGGUUGCCUUUGGCUUUAACAAGGGCAUCGUCACGAACCUGCUCAAGGAGCAGCUCGGCUUCGAAGGCAUCGUUGUCACGGACUGGAACAUUGUCAAACAGCGCUUCUGGGGCCUCGAGGAGGCUUCCGAGAAGGAGCGCACGCGGCGUGUGAUCGAAGCUGGUUGCGACAUCUUUGGCGGCGCCGACGGCUUCCCGGACCUGAUCGUCGAAUUGGUCGAGGAGGGAGCCAUCACUGAGGAGCGAAUCGACUAUUCGGUGCGCAAGCUCAUGAAGGAGAAGUUCGAGCUCGGCCUAUUCGAUAACCCUUACGUCGACAUCGAAGCCUCUGUCAAGACCGUCAACAACCCCUACUUCGCCCGCCUCGGCCGGGAGCUGCAGCGUCGUUCCCUGACCCUCCUCACCAACGACGGCAUCCUGCCCCUGCCUCCCUCUUCCCGAUCGGCCAAGUUCUACGUGGAGGGAAUCCCCGAGGAUGUCAUGGAGUCCUACGGCCUUGCCGUGGUCAGUACUCCCCAGGAAGCCGAUUACGCCUUGCUGCGACUGCGCUCGCCUUACAAGCCCACCAGCAUCGUCGGGCCUCUGGGCGAGAUCAACAACGGUACCAUCGAGUACAACUCGACGGAGAAGGCGCGGCAGGCCGAGAUCUACGGCGCCGUUCCUACCGUGGUGGACAUCAAGUUCAACCGGGCCCCUGCCGUACCGGAGAUCGUCGAGCAGGCGUCCGCGCUGCUCGUGAACUACGGCUCGACCCCCGAUGCCUUCCUCGAUGUCGUCUUUGGCAUCGACGGGUGGGCCCCCGAGGGAAAGCUGCCCGUUGAGGUGCCCCGAUCCCAAGCUGCCGCGGAUGCCCAGCUUGGGGACGUGCCCUUUGACAGCGUCGACCCGUUGUUCAGGUUUGGGCAUGGACUGAGAUAUACUGAUGCCUGUACAGGCGGGUGUAACAACAGGCGAUAGAGCCGUGGACCGAGAGCCGUUUUAAAUCUCGUUAGAAAACACUCCAAUGCCCAGCUUUACUGUGACUAAGAUAGUAACGCCUGUGGGACAUUUUCUGAAAAGAAAAACAAAAAAGGGAAUCCCACGUUCUUCACUGACAACUGGAGGCGGAAUAUUCAGCAGCGUCACGCUGAGUCGGUAACUCACAAUGGAGAACGAACCUUCAAAGCCACUUGUAAUGUCAAAUACAUGUCGCUGUCGUGAUCAAGCAGUCUAUGGCAGAAAACAAACAAGUGACCAAAAUACCGAGCGACAAAUUAGAAGGGAAUUACUCGAACACAUCAUUUCGUUCUCCCCCAUAUAUAUCAGCUUUCUCGAGAGUGUGACCAUGUCUAUUUCAUCAAUGAGUUGAUGUCAACGGACGGCGAGGCGAAGAAUGACAUGGGCUUGAAAUGUUGGCCAUAGGUUGAGAUGCAUGUGCUGUUUCUUUCUUGAAUAGUUCAACCCAGUACGGUGCU